AUUGCGCGUGCGCACUAAACACGAACCAGUUGCGUGUCGAAAUAACCACCGCCGCCGCGUCCUCGACGAGCCCCGAGUAUUAUUAUUAUUAUUAUUAUUAUUAUUACAUAUUAUAUCCGCGGCACUGCUCGCGGUACACCGUCGGUCACCGUCGUGUGUGUCACUGUGAGUUACUUUCGGGUACAAGUGUGCGACGUCUGACCCGGGCUCAAGAGUGCGCGUAUACAGUGUCCACAAUAUUCUCUGUCCCGUCUGCUGUGUUUUAUUGUUUGUUUUGUUAUUUUCUUGUCGUCUCGUCCGUGCGCUCGACCGCCAAAGACACCCCGAAACCGUCACCCGAACAGGUGUCGUCGUCGACGCCACCGUUGCUGUGUUUGUCUACGGAAGGGUGUUUUCGAUUCCACCACCGUGUUCCGUCGAUGACGCCCUAGCGUUACGGGGGUGGGGACCGUCGCGCAAGGGUUUAACGCCCCCUAGAUCUUUUUUGUGAAAAAAAUCAAAAAAAGCCGCCCUGUGUUCGUUUUUUUAAUUUGCUUCUUCUGGUAUUUUUUUUUUUUUUAUAAUUUAAUAAGAUAAUUCGUUUUGCCGGUGCGUCCGUUCUUGUCUUCCUCAGUGCGUGUACAAGUGCUACUCGGCCCAAGUGCUGUUCGGUUUCCGCCGUGUGUUCGUCUUAUAGCUUCCGUCCGCCCGCCGGAACUGAAAGAAAUUAAUAAAUAAUGAUUGACGACGUCUGCGGCAGUUACUGUUUUGGAUUACCGUUGUACGCGACUAACCCGAAUAAUGUAUGAUACGGAUUCAGAAUGCGGCAACGGCGCCCCGUUGACGCUACACUACGGCAACCACCAUGUGUACCUGAUGGCCGAAAUCCAACAGGCCGGCGACGAACACUCCGACAUGGAACUCAUGUGCCCGGGGGUGUCCAUCAGGGCGCACUCGUUGGUGUUGGCCUCGGUCAGUCCUCUCGUCCGGAGGCUUCUCAAGGAGGACAACAUCUGCAUGUACCACAACCUGGUGCUCCAGUUUCCCGAAAUCAAGGACGUGCACAUGAAGACCGUUCUGGAUUUCAUAUACACCGGCCAGGCCAGCGUGCUGGAAACCGAAUUCGCCGAGGUAGUCAGCCUGUUGAAUCUGUUGGAGAUCCGGUCGGACACUUGGCAGCGGGCCAUGUACGAAUCUUCAACGUCACCACCCCUCCCGUCAUCCGGGCCACCGCCCUCGGCCACAUCUUCGGACUUGUCUAUCCAGACUGACCCCGAGAACCUGUCGCCCACGUCCCGGUUUGACCAGGUGCACCCGAAAAAACGGCGGAGAAGGUCGUCGGUGCCCGUCAACCUGUCCAUCGACGCCAAAACCGAAGACCCUGCUGUCAUACAAUCAAAUUGGCGAGUAUCUAAGUUCGACGACGGCCACCGAAAACUGAGACGGAGGAGUAGUUCGCCGUUCGACGAUUACCCGCACGACCGUGGUGACGUCGGCUACGACGGUUUCCAAACGUUUCCAAAACGGGAGCCUCACUGGGUGGAAACAGAGUUCCGGAGCUCCCAGCUCCAGUACAGCUGCGAGGUGAACUUACCCUACAUGGACUCUGCCGAGCCCAACCUAGACCCCGAAGCCGAGGAGACCAACGAUUCGGAUAGCAAAGACGCCCGGCUCAACCCAGCCAACUACGUGGUGACCCCGAGGAAGCGUAAGAAACAGCCGGGCUUCCAGAAUGCGCCCGCCCAAAACCCACCGUUCGUGCCCAUGUACUUCCACGAAAUGGCGUUCCGGCACCAGAAGAUCACGCAGUCGUUGAGCUCAUUCGUUCACCACCCGUUCGGGCCGGCUCCGGCCAUCGACGACGGCCGGGACACCCCGCCGGCUCUCAGGAAUCCCGUGUUCAUGGGCCGGUCAAGAUCUCAGGACGGGGCGGGCGUGUACAGGCCGUCGUUGCCCAUCCCGCCACCACCGCCUCCACCGCCACCGGGCGACGACAGUCCUCCGCGCACCCCGAGGCCGCCAUCGUGCCAACCGGCCGGCGUGCCACCGUCAGCCACCGCACCGCCACCGCCGUCGCAGUCGUCCUCGUACAGGUUCGCCGAAAACGGAUCGCCCUGGCCACCAUCGAGUGUAGACGUCAAGUCCGAGACUUUGGAACAACAACAGAACGCGGCCGGUUCGGAUCUGGACGAGAAGCCGGCCGGCGGUGUCGUGGUGGGCGCCGGUCGCGAGUACAAGUGCACUUAUUGCGGCAAGCAGUUCGGCAUGAGCUGGAAUCUUAAGACCCACCUGAGGGUGCACACGGGCGAGAAGCCUUUCGCGUGCCGGCUGUGCGUGGCCAUGUUCAAGCAGAAGGCGCACCUGCUCAAGCACCUGUGCUCGGUCCACAGGAACGUGAUAUCGCCGGGCACCACAGGGUCGGCGGACCAAGAAUCGGCCGGGGCGUUCAACUGUUGUUUCUGCGAGAUGACUUUCGACACGCUCCAACAGCUGGUCCGGCACUUCUCCGGCCCUCACAACAACCUGUUGCUCACCAAGAACUUGAACGCCUGACACCGGCUACGACGACCACCAGCUGCGGCCGGAGCUUAAGCCCGGCCCGGUAACUUCCAUCGUUUUUGUGCGCCCGUUAAACAGACUAUUAUGUUGUUAUCAUUGUUUUUAUUUCCUAUCUACAACGACUCGUUCAAACAAAAAAAAAAUAUAUAUAUAUAUA